AUGGUUGAAGCAUAUAUUGGCUAUAAAAGGAGCCUACGCGGAACCACGCCGGGUCUGGCCGUGUAUGAACCGGCUAACGACGACUUGAAGGCAGGCCAUUGCGGAUAUUUUGACUACUUGGGCCAAUGGACCAAUAUUCGGGAUUUGAAUACAAUCACAGAAGAUGAUACACUCUACAAACCCCUAUCAAGGGGUGUCCCAGUGACCGAUAGCGGAGGCGCACGUACAGAAUGGGGUCUUAUGCUUGGUCAUGGCGUCCAAGUUGCACAGGGUACACUACAGGGCAACGCUCAGGCGCCUGGAGUUAGCGUCAAAGGUACUAUGACACUAAAGUGCACCCAGGAGAAUGCCGCCAUACUCAUGGCAGAUCCGGUCACAUAUUUCAGGUGUGAAGACGACCAGCCUUUGAGAGAUUGGCUGAAUGAAAACGAGGAGUUGCUGAUGCAUGAUCCAAAUCAUCGGAAUAAUAUUCUGCAUCAUGGUCUUUGCAUUAUAACCGGUGUUUAUAGGACUCCUCGUUGUACAAUUGGGCAAUGGCGUGGCCGAGGCACAGAGAUAUCGAUUGAGCUCGAUGUAGGUGUUUUCAACCAGGCUGGGGCCAUAACGGGUGGCGGCAGCUGGAAAAAAAUUGCCGGCGGAGGGUACUGGAAGGCAUAUGGUUUUGAUCCUGAGAACCCCGAGCGAAUGUACGAUACACUGCAGGCUCUAUAUCGUGGGUCGUCGACUUACCUGAUAAGCGAAAACAAUAUUGUGAUUGAAAAUUAUGUACAUGCAUUGGAAGACGAUUCAGAUGAGAGGGGCACUGCUUCGGACGAAGAAUCAUCGGAAGACACACCUCAACUGCAAUAA